GAAGCUUUCUGUCAAAUGUUCUCUGUGAUCAGCAUAUGAUUUUCAAACUACAAUUCCAAUCCAUACAACCAAAGACAGAAUUUGAAUAUAUACACACACACAGAUAAUGGGGCAAGCAGUUGACUUAACCGAAGGAUUCGAUCACAUCACAGUCGAUGUAAAAAUGCUAUCAGAUUCACUUCUAAAGAGCCUGGGAGACAAAUUGCAGAAGCUUCCUCCCUUGUCCAGUAAAUGUAGCAUUUGUAAAGUUCCUAUUCAUCUACGAGAACGAAAUGAGAAAGCCUUCACUCCUCGGGAAAUUUCAAUUGGUCCACUUCAUCACAAUAAUCUCAACCUCAAACACAUGGAAGAACACAAACUGAGGUUACUAAAGGACUUUCUGUCACGAGCAAAGGUAAGUCUACAUGACUGUGUCCAACUUUUGAAGAAGAAAGAAUUGUACCUGCGAAACUGUUAUGCAGACCCCAUUGAAUUUGACAGUGACAAGUUUAUUGAGAUCAUUCUGGUGGAUUCUGCUUUCAUUCUUGAACUAUUCUUCAGAAAUGUCUCAGAUAAUAACCAGAUGCAGAAUCAGUAUGAUCAUUUCUUUGGCGGCCCAUGGAAGCUACGGUUCAUUAAAACUGACAUGCUUCUACUUGAAAAUCAAGUUCCUUUCUCCAUCAUCGAGGACCUUCUUUUAUUAACAAAAUCAGACAUUCUUCCCAUAAAGAACGAUGUUCGGCGUUCAGCAAUCAUGCUAACCUACGAGUUCUUCAAAAGGAAGUUGAAUCUGCUAGAUAUGGAUAACUUCAACAUUGAGGAAAAAGUGGGUGAACUGGAAAUACAACAUUUUGUUGAUUUUGCCAGAAUUUGUUUUGUGCCUCCAGUUCUUCCAAGCAAAAACAAACUAAAGUGCGUGACUAUGCCAAGGGCAACAAAGUUACGCGAAGCUGGAGUGAAGUUCAAGGUGAAGAAGAGUGGGAGUCCUUUUGACAUCAGAUUCAAAGAUGGGGUGUUGGAAAUCUCACGGUUGAGAAUAAAAGAUGCGACGGAGAUUCUUCUGAGGAAUCUCAUUGCAUACGAACGUUGUCACUUGCACGAUAAUUAUAUGAAUGACUAUCUCUUUAUCUUGGAUCGUCUGAUAGAGACACCAGGUGACGUGGAGUUACUGAUGCAUCGUGGGAUUAUAGAGUCAAAAUUAUCGGGAACUCAAGAAGUGGCUUCUCUGAUGAACGAGCUUUCGCCAGGAAUGACCAUGGCGAGAAGAAGGUUCUACUUCUCAGAUCUGUGUGAGAAGGUGAGUGAUUAUUAUAGAGUGCCUUGGCAUAGAUGGAGGCUAACUCUGAAAGAGGACUAUUUUAGUAAUCCCUGGGCCAUCAUCUCUGUGAUUGCAGCAAUGUCACUUCUUCUACUCACCUUCGUGCAGACUUAUUAUAGUGUCAUGUCCUACUAUCUUAGGUAGUAUAUAUAUGUGUGUAAUUAAAUAGGUUUCUCUGCGUAGCAGAUUAUCAUCUAUCACAAAUAUGUUUAUGUCUGUGUGUGUUCCUGUCUCUCUAUGUAUAUAUAUAAGAGAGAGACCUGGUAUUUUAAUCUUCAUCGACAGAUCUAUGGUCGGAUUACUGUGGUUAUCCUACUAUAGUUGGUUGUUAUAGAAAAGUAUGUG